AUGGCGGAGAAGGCGAAGAGCGUCAAGAUCGCCCCGGGGGCCGUGGUGUGCGUGGAGAGCGAGAUCCGCGGGGAUGUGACCAUCGGGCCCAGGACCGUCAUCCACCCCAAGGCCAGGAUCAUCGCGGAAGCCGGGCCCAUCGUCAUCGGGGAGGGCAACCUGAUCGAGGAGCAGGCGCUGAUCAUCAACGGGUAUCCAGAGAACAUUACACCAGACACCCAAGAGGUGGAGCCCAAGCCCAUGGUCAUUGGCACCAACAACGUGUUUGAGGUCGGGUGUUAUUCCCAGGCAAUGAAGGUGGGAGACAACAACGUCAUCGAAUCCAAGGCCUUCGUGGGCAGGAACGUCAUCCUGACCAGCGGGUGCACCACGGGCGCCUGCUGCGCCGUCAGCACCUGCGAGGUGAUCCCGGAAAACACCGUCAUCUACGGGGCCUCCUGCCUGCGCCGCCUGCAGACCGAGCUCCCGCAGCCCCAGACGCUGCAGCUGGAUUUCCUGAUGAAGAUCUUGCCAAACUACCAUCACCUCAAGAAGACCACCAAGGCCACGUCCACUCCUGUCAAGAGCUGA